CAAAAUUUGAAACGUAAAUGUUUAUGGUGAGAGCGGAGAAAAAGAAGAGUGUGCGAGAGUGAGAGGAAGACAGGCUCCCACUUUGUUUGAUAAAUGCUAAAUUUGAGUCUGUUAUCCAAUUUAAGGUGUUUCCUUCUCUGAACUGACGCACUAAGCAAUUACAAAGUAGUAUUGUUGUUGUUGUUGCGUUGCUUUGUCACCAAAAAAUGAGUGGUGAGCAAAAAGAAAAACACGACACACCUUCCUCCAAACCAACCGUUUCUCCUCCACUUCACAAGGUGCGUGAUCCAAUGGAUGAAACUGAAGGUUCGCGUGUUAAAACUGAUAGUCAUUGGAAGAGACAGAAUCUUGAGCUGGAAAUACCCCGAGAGUCUUCUUCUCAGGAUUUUGUUCCGAUAAGGUUGCCACUCACACCAAGUCCAACUCCUAGUCAUAAAAAAGUGAACUUUCUCGUGACUUCUCGCUCUGUUGAUGCUCCAAGGCCUUCAUCAUACAGAGGCAAAUCUUCCAUGAGAAGCAUAUUACCAAAAUUGGGGUUCAGGAAUCGGCCAUCGCUUGAUGUUGAAAAGGCUAUUCCUGCUGCUGCAGAACCUUCCUUUUCUGGCCAGGACAAGUCUUCAAUUUCGAGAUCAGUGUCCCUCACCAAGAUAUUCAAUCCUCUCAUUAAGAGAACUUCAUCGUUACCUGUGGAAGAAAUUGCGCGUGCAAACGCAGAAUCUGCUCUUGCUACUUCUCCAUGUAGAAGAGAGAUCCAGGGGAUGAUUGCUCGUUCUCGUUCAGUGCCUGUCAAUAACAACGAAAAAGGCAUAAGGAAAUUGGAUUCAGUUUUCCGCAUUAUUCCUUCAACCCCUCGCGUAAAUGAAGUGAAUGAAACAACAAAGAAUACUGAAAAUGGUGACGGUGAAGACAUUGCUGAAGAGGAAGCCGUGUGCAGAAUUUGUCUGGUUGAUCUAUGUGAAGGAGGUGAGACAUUAAAGAUGGAAUGCAGCUGCAAAGGUGAACUUGCUCUGGCUCACCAAGAAUGUGCUGUUAAAUGGUUUAGUAUCAAGGGUAACAAGACCUGUGAUGUGUGCAAGGAGGAGGUUCGGAACCUCCCGGUCACUCUCUUGCGGAUACGAAGUGUUCAAACUCAGAAUACUGGAGCAACUUCCGAGCAUGGAGAUGAAUACAGGGCUUGGCAGGAACUCCCAGUGCUUGUCAUUGUCAGCAUGCUAGCCUAUUUCUGUUUCCUUGAGCAGCUGUUGGUUGGAAAAAUGGGAACCAAGGCAAUUUUCAUCUCUCUUCCAUUUUCUUGUGUCCUGGGCCUACUCUCCUCCGUGACAUCAUCAACCAUGGUGAAGAGCAGGUUCAUAUGGAUUUAUGCAUCUGUCCAAUUUGUGUUGGUGGUCUUAUUCGGCCAUGUAUUCUACCCCUUGGUUGGUAAGCAUGCGGUUUUGUCGAUCCUUCUUGCAACAUUUGCUGGAUUUGGUGUUGUGAUGAGUGGAAGUUCAAUUGUUUUGGAGUUUUCUAGAUGGAGAAGAAGGUGGCAAGCUUUAUCAGAGCAGCAGCAUGGUUCUCUAGAUGGGAUAACAAUUCAGAGCUGAAUCGGUUUCUGUAUGUGGUUUCUUUCAUAGUGUGAAGUGUGAACUAAGCUAAGGGAAUUGGCAGAACAGAACUAAUUUGCCAAUUGUCAUUAAGCUGUGGCAGGAUUUUACUACUGUGUACAUGUGCAUGAGACUUCAUUGUACAGCUUAUAUUGUCGUAAAAGAGAAUAAACAUAGGAGUGGAGUUUCUCUUGCUGUGGAAUUUUUUUUGUUUAUUUCUUUGUACUAAGAGCAAAAUAAAAAUGCUUCCGGCCUUUAUUUUUUAUGCA